AUGCAGCACCUGCUGGACCUCGUCUCGGAUAACACCGGCGAUGGAGCCUACCUCGGGUUGUCUCGGCCCGUACAGCUUCUGCAUUUCUUCGCGGACGACAGAGCGAACGAUUUCGCAAAUCCAUUCAGUGCUGUUGCUCCCAAGGGAUUAAAGAAACCACAUGUCGUCUAUCCUCGACUCCUCGAGGAACGGUCUUCGGAUGGAGCGAUGGUGCUGAGGGUGCACGACCAACUGACGCUGAGCCUAAAGAAAGCCUCGGUGGCGGCACCUGAACUGCGUGUCUUUACCGAGGAAAACGGGAAGACCGUCACCCACGUCUACAACGGAGAAGACGUCGAGAAGGAUCUGUACGAGGACGAAAAUAAGAUUGCCUCAGUAGCAGUGACCAAAGACGAGCAUGGUGUCUAUAUGAACGGGCUGGUGGGUCCGAGGCACCGAAUUGAGCCAAUGCCUAUCGUCGAGAGAUCGCAAGAUGGCGUCGUUCCUCACGGGAUCUAUGAAAUCGAGCAGCCGGAAAUGAUGGACCGAACUGUCAGGCAUACAGAGCAAGAUAAGCAGCCAUUUGUCAGCGAGCGUCAGAAUGGACAAAAUGCCCAAGUUCCGGACUCAGUUCAGAUUGAACUAUUCUUCGUCUCGGACGGCCCUCAUCAUAGACACUUCAGUUCACACACGGCACUGCUGGUGUACUUGUGCGUCACCACUAAUUCCGUGAACCUCAGAUACCGUGCUGCAACUGACCCCAAGAUAUCGUUUAUUGUUACCGGCGUUGACAUAUCUGUGCCCAACUCUACUCACGGGGAACUCUGA